AUGAAUCAGCAGCAGAGCAAAAACACCGAUGUCUACCGAAAUUCGAAAUUUCGUUCCGAGGCGUCGACCAUGUCGAAAUCCGAAAGAAUGAGACAAGUGCAGUUCAACGACAGCAAGAAGAGGCUGUCCGCGAUGCAGUCUUCUAUAAUGAAUUCAAUGAGUCGCGUGUUUUUUCACAAACGUGGUGAUCGACAGAAGAUCCCGAGGUAUCAGAACACUUAUCGACUCAUGUCGUUCAACCCGUUCGACGUCGAGGCGGUGGACAAGAUGGUGAUGGAGACGAUGGUGAGCGAACUGUCCCCGGUGACGUCGUAUCAUCCGAAUCACAUGGCGAAAUUGUGCCUGAAGAUUGGAUCCGAUUUGCAAAACGCGCUCUGCAAGAAGGAUUACGACAGGUAUAAAUUAGUGGCGCAGGUGACCAUAGUUCAACGUUCCGAUCAGAGCGUGCACGCAGCGUUUCAGUGCCUCUGGGACGUGGAACGGGACAAUUAUUCCUAUUAUGUCUUCGAAAAUAACCACAUUCACGCGUGGUGUUGCGUGUUCGGCCUGUAUUACGACUGA